CAUUUGUCACUGAAGCCUUCAGCCUGACAGCAUGCUCGUUAUUAAAGCACACAGGGGCUGUUGAGCUUUCUUUAGAAUUAGACUUGAGUGCAUGAACAUCUGCCUCCCGAAAAACAUGCGAAAAAAUCAGUUGUAGAUGCAGAAAUCCCUACUUGGUUGACUUUUCAUCAGCCGCAGAGAUGGAGAUUGAGUCGAUGGUGGCAAACUGUGCACUCAUUAAAGCACGAGAAGUAGGCAACGGUGGGAACCGCAAAGGAAGGAGUCGAAAGUGGAAGGAGUUUCUGAGUCUGCCGCACAUAAACGACUGCACAGAGCUGGAGAGAAGCAUCGAGCGAGAUUAUUACAGCCUGUGUGACAAACAGCCGAUCGGAAAACAACUCUUCCGUCUUUUCUGUUCAACUAAACCCGAUCUGCAGCACUGCAUCGACCUGCUGGACGAAACGGCGGAAUACGAGAUCACACCGGAUGAAAAGAGGAAACAUUUUGGCAAGCAGCUCAUCAACAAAUAUCUCACCUCACAGUCCUCAAGGGUGCGUCAGAUUGUAGACCAGGAACUUGACAAGUGCAGCGUCAACCUGGAGCUCAACGCUUCUGAAAAUGUAUUCAGCGGCUGCCAAAAGGCACUGCACGAGUUCCUGAGCGGGGCCCCGUUCGCAGAGUAUCAGAAAAGCAUGUACUUCGACCGAUUCCUGCAGUGGAAGAUGGUGGAGAGGCGCCCGAUCACGCGGGACAUCUUCCGAGAGUACCGUGUUUUGGGAAAGGGCGGGUUUGGAGAGGUGUGCGCGUAUCAGUCCCGAGCGUCGGGGAAAAUGUACGCGUGCAAGAAACUAGAGAAGAAGCGCAUUAAGAAGCAGAGAGGAGAAGGCAUGGCCCUCAACGAGAAGCAGAUUCUAGAACGGGUCAACAGCAGAUUCGUGGUCAGUUUAGCUUACGCCUACGAGACGAAAGAGGCUCUCUGCCUGGUGCUGACGCUGAUGAACGGAGGAGACCUGAGGUUUCACAUCUACAACAUGGGCACCGAGGGCCUCGACAAAGAAAGAGUGCAGUUUUACGCCGCCGAGAUCCUGUGCGGCUUGAGCCAUCUUCACAACGAGUCCAUUGUUUACAGGGAUUUAAAGCCGGAAAACAUUCUGCUGGACGAUAAUGGUCACAUUCGGAUCUCUGAUUUAGGACUAGCCGUAUUCUUGCCAGAAGAAAAACACGUGAAGGGCCGAGUGGGCACAGUGGGAUACAUGGCGCCAGAAGUCAUUACGAACCGAAGCUACGGUGUGAGUGUGGACUGGUGGGGGCUCGGGUGUCUAAUUUUCGAGAUGACGGACGGAAAUCCUCCGUUCCGCAAGCACAGGGAGCGACUGCCGAGGCAGGAGAUGGAAAGGCGAGUCCUGGAGACGAUCGAGAGCUAUGGGAAGAAGUUUGACGAGGACGCCAAAUGCAUCUGCAAAAGCCUCCUGGCCAAAAACCCAAAAGAGAGACUGGGCUGCAAAUCUGGCCGACGGGCGGAGGUCAUCAAAGGUCACGCGUUCUUUAAGGACAUCAAUUUCACGAGGCUCGAGGCAGGGAUGAUGCCGCCGCCCUUUGUUCCCGACCCCAGAGCCGUUUACUGCGCCGACGUCCUGGACAUCGAUCAGUUCUCUACGGUUAAAGGAGUGAGUCUCACCAACGUGGAUGAGAAUUUCUACAGCAGGUUUAACACCGGAAGCGUGCCGGUGCCCUGGCAGAACGAGAUGAUAGAGACCGAGUGCUUCAAAGACCUGAACGCGUUCGGGCCGCGAGGAACGAGAACCCUGGAUCUGGACCGCAGCGCGGAGAUCCCGAAGACCAGCCCCGAGACCCAGUUCAUCCAUCAGACUCCUACUGAAUACGGCCGACACCGACUGCUGAGCCGAUUCUUCAAGAGACGCAAUCUCAAGAUUCCAAGAAAAACUCAAAACGGCGAAGGACAAAAGUCAUCGGUUUGUACUUCAAGAAAGAAAGAAAAAGGCCGAAUUCACAGAGGGCGGUCAGCUGAACCCAUAUGUCGCUCCUCAUCCAGUCAGGGUUCUGAAUGACUUCUGCAGAAAAGGACCAAACAGAACCCUUCAUCCUCGUAAUUCCUGAUUCGUGCAAAAGACACGACGGCUUCCUCCCUGGGGAGGUCGUUUAAAGCGUCAGUGUUUAUCGAAAAGGCAGGGUUUGUGCAGUUUUUACGCGUCCAAAAGGAUUUAUGAUGUUUUAUAUGCUCAAUCUGUAAAUAAAGACAAAACCAGCGUGCAAACGUCUUUUCAUGCUUUAAAAAAAAGAAAAUAAAAAAAAAGAUUUAUGAUGCUUUAUAUGGUCGUUUGUACAUAAAGACGAAAUCAGUGUGCAAAUGUCUUUUCAUGCUUUAAAAAAAGACAAUAAAAAAGAUUUAGGAUGUUUUAUAUGCUCGUUUGUAAAUAAAGAUAAAAAUCAGUGUGCAAAUGUCUUUUCAUGCUUUAAAAAAAAAUGAUGAUUUUAUAUGCUCAAUUUGUAAAUACAAAGAAAUGUGUUUUUCAAACCCGGUGUAAAACAUACUCUUUUGCAGUACUAAACAAAACACUGCUUUUCGUAUCCUUCAUGUAAAGCACACAAUGACUUGGAGAUGUUGUUAUAAAAAAAGCGUGCAAUGUCUUUUUUCAUGCUUUCAUUUUAAAAACAAAAUGUUUUAUGUGCUCGAUUUGUAAAUAAAAGUCAAAAUCAGUGUGCAAA